CCAAGCUGGGAAUCCACCCAUGCGGUGACGUCACUGGGCUCUGACAAGCUGGUGGUGCCGGAAGAAAAGAUGGCGGAUCAUGAGGAGCAGCUAUCCGACGAGGAAAAGGUACGCAUAGCAGCUAACUUUGUCAUCCAUGCCCCGCCAGGAGAGUUCAACGAAGUUUUCAAUGAUGUGCGAUUGCUGCUCAACAAUGACAAUCUUCUCAGGGAAGGUGCAGCGCAUGCAUUUGCACAGUACAACCUGGACCAGUUUACCCCGGUGAAAAUCGAUGGCUACGAAGAACAGGUCUUAAUCACAGAGCACGGCGACCUCGGGAACGGCCGGGUCCUGGACCCCAAGAACAAGAUCUCAUUCAAGUUCGACCACCUGAGGAAGGAGGCUAGCGACCCGCGGCCCCAUGACGUCGACGGCUCCCUGGAGGGCUGGAGGAGUGCAGUGGACUCGGCCGUCAGGGCCUACGUCAAGGAGCACUACCCCAGCGGAGUCUGCACCAUUUACGGGAAAACCAUCGACGGACAUCAAACCAUCAUCGUGUGCAUCGAGUGCCAUCAGUUUCAACCAAAAAACUUCUGGAACGGACGCUGGAGGUCAGAAUGGAAAUUUACCAUCUCUCCCUCCACCACUCAAGUGGCAGGAAUCAUGAAAAUCCAGGUCCAUUACUAUGAAGAUGGCAACGUUCAGCUGGUGAGCCACAAAGAGGUCCAGGAGUCCAUGCCCGUUUCUAGUGAGGCUACAACUGCAAAGGACUUUGUUAAGAUCAUGGAGGCUGCAGAGAAUGACUAUCAGACGGCCAUCAACGAGAAUUACCAGACCAUGUCGGACACUACCUUCAAAGCCUUACGCCGCCAGCUUCCUGUGACACGCACCAAAAUCGAUUGGAACAAGAUCCUGAGCUACAAGAUUGGCAAGGAGAUGCAGAAUGCUUAAAAAACAGCGAAGAACAUAAGCGACAACGCCCUCCCCUCCCCAACAACGUUGCAUGACUGGAUAGUUGUAUCGUCUUUGUACAGAAAUUAGAGAAACUGGGACAAAGAAAGGUUUUUGGUCUCACAGCCAGAUGUCACGUUACACAUUGGAUGUCUACUUUUAUUGGUUAUUUUGUUUUUAUACAGACACUGUUAACUCCUCUGUAUAUUGUAUCUAUGAUAUGAUUAUAAUCGCAUUUGGAGAGAUAACUUGAGGAAAUAUUACAAGACAUAGGAAAAGGGGGCGAACACUUGUAUGCAAAAACAUCCUUAUAAAAUACAAUAUCACGUAUGCAAUAUUUAUUGUGUUAGUGAGACCACGCCUUCUAUUUGACCUGCUGAAAACAAACGGUUUGAAUUUGAAGUGAUGACGGUGAAAAAAAAAUUAAUUUUGGGAGAAUUUUUUUCUGCAUUUACAAAAGAGCUAAGAUAUUUUGGCUGUAAAGAAUGACUCCCUUCACUUCACGGUCAAUGGAAGAAAAGAAAACACGAUCUCUGUGUUCAUUGAAUGGCAUCUUUGGCACAAGCAGUCACCACUGUCAGCCUCUCAAUGUCUCCUUCCCUCAUUUUGGUACUUCCCUCACAGUUUGUCCUGUAUGUGAGAGAUCUCAAGCUCGCAGCGCUCCUGGCUAAAUUGCCUUUUUGACUUGAUAAUCUCUGAACUCUCAAUCAACGUCGUGAGUUCUGUGACCACUUAACAAGCUUAAUUAACAAGUCAUCAGUCGCUAAGUAAUGUGCAUAAUGUCCAAUUUACAAUAAAAUCAAAACGUAUCACAUUCUCCUCCAGUGCUUAUUUUUAUUAAAAAUAAACCCAACAACAGAAUUUGACUGUAUUAUAUAACAAGGCACAUUGUAAUAUAUACCUGUAUCAAACAUCCUGUCUGUCAGUUUGGUGAUUUAUUUCCAUGAGAUUAAUUGUAAUUCAGUCACAAUUAUGUUGCAUUAAAUGACAAAUUUUCUAUU